AUGGGCGACCAGUGCCCUCCACUGGAGCCCAUCACAGAAGAGGAAGCUGCACUUCUCGUGGAGUAUGGUGUCAAGGGGCCUUAUGAUGAACUUUUAGGGUUUCCCGCGGCAUCGAACUGUGUUUUUAGUAACGGCCGAAGGGACAUUUUUCUUACGGGUACGGGUUAUGACGACAACAAUGAUGGGGAUAGCAACCCAGGCAUAGCGAACGCAAGAGCCUGUCAACACGUAGAUUCCACUUGGCCUUUGGAGUGCCUUCUAUUACAUCACACCAACCUUAUAUCCUUCACCACCGCAACGCCGUUAUGGGAUGGCGUCAAUGGGGUCUUAACCGAUGCCACAAAGACUGUGUCAUGCACAUCCUCCCGCAAUGCUUUGUCUGUCGAAGGGUCGGAUGUUGUUGUUGGUGCGGCUGCUUCUGCUUCUAUUGAAAAGGAAGAAGGUGUAGUUGAAGCGAAAGGUGCUUCUCUCACCACAAACUUCAACCAACAUGAGGGGAGUGACGCAGAGUUACUGGCCACCAUAGACGAAGUUCUGCAAGAGGCAGAUAAAGUAUUGGCGAAGCGUGUGCGCCACGUAGAUCCCAUGACAGAAAUAUAUCUAUUGGAGAGACAACGUGGGGCGGAGGAGGAGGAGCGUCGCUGGUCUCCUAUUCACUGCGACAACACAACAUGUACUGCACUCAGAAGGAGUGACAGCGACUCCGAAGAUGAAGGCGAAAUCAAGGACGAAAAUGGAGAAACGGACGUUAAACGUCUUUUUGCGUAUGAAUUUGGACCGACAGCCGAGGAGCAGCUUGUGCUGCGUGAGUGGGACGCGGUGGUGCUGCAGUGUGAGCAGCAGUUGGAAAUUGCGCUGAGCAACCCAGCAGGCAGCGAAUUUGCGGGCGCUGGAGGCGUUGACGAGAUGAACACUGCUGCUGAGGCUUUCGUGUUGCCUCCGCUUCGGGUGGCAGAAGUGCAUGAUGCGGUGUCGACUCGUGUAACAACACACUUGUCAUGGAUGAGUCAGAAGGGAAAGAUUUUGGAAUCGAUUGCAAUGAUGGAGGCAAAAGACAGUGAGCUGCAGACGGCAGCGUCUCAACUGCUAGAAGAAGCGCGGAAGGAACGCAGUCACCCUCGCCGUGCCCCGCACGGCCAAAUUGAGUUUGAACCGUUUUUGACCCGCGUGAACCAACUCCUGCCACCGAACGAAAUGGAGGUGAAAUUGGAGGCAGCAGAUCUCCUUAGUUUGGGGGGAGAAGUUGAAACGGCGUCGGCGGCGAGCGGAGAUCAGACGCCGGUAGCAGCAGCGAAGGGUCUUUCAGAGAUGCUGGCUGUCGAACAGAUUCAAAGGAGGGCGCAGCGCGAGGGCUUUCGUAUGCGUUGCGAAACCCAUGAGGCUUGGUGUAUGCAAGAGGAAGAGCGAAAAACUGCUUGUCUGUUGCGGUGGUGUGAGGAGGAGACAAAACGAAUUCAGGACGAAAUGCAGAGGUGUCUGUUAGAAGCGAGUAACAUGUUUGAGUGCCUUCUUGUGGAAGAAUGUAGUGCUUAUCAGGAGCUCUCUAAUUUAGAGCGCCAACACACUUUGGAAUCCAAACAACGUGAGUGUUUUCGUCUGCAAGAGGUUAGGUCCCAGCGCGUGUGUGAGCUUCUUAAAGAGCAUGCAAGCGGACGGCAUGAAAUUAUGGCAAUGGAAGAGGAAGCUGCAAUGAAACUUACGCAGGAGGCGGAAGAACUUUCACGGGAGCUAUUGCGUUGCCAGGAGCAGGAAGGCACCGCCCACGUUAUUACCACUUUACAGUGUUGGAACUUAGCAGAAUGGGAAGAUAAGUACAGUACUCACGAGGAAUUGACCAAAGAAGUUGCAUUACAAACAACAGCCGAGUCAUGGAGGCGUUUGCAAUCAUGUGUUUCUAUUCCUACGUCACAAGCAGAUAUGUCUCCUUUGCCCGUCAGUAACGUUCUGCGCCUGCGGUCCCUGCGGCGGGAACAAACCCUGAGAGGUAAAUGGAUCCAUGAGUGUAUACAGAAUAUAAGUAAUGCCACAAGUGCAUUGGAGGAAUGUGCACACGGUUUAGAUGAGAAAACAGUGCAUCCUCCUCGUCCAGGCAUUCGACUGGGAAAUAGUGUUCCUGCCACUCUCUCUACAGUGCAGACAGAUGCAUCGCAUUCUGCGCUAGACAACAACGUCGUUUGCUUAAAUGCCAAGUUGGCGAAGCAAGUGCAACCGAUAAUUUUUGGUGGUGUUAAGAGAAACUUGCGGGAGGCGGCGCAGCUUUGCCAUACACUCUCCUUUGCUCUGGAGCAGAUAGCCUCUGUGGACUUUGCGAGUCUCUCCACCCUGGAGGUGUGCACAACCGGUGGUGUGGGAGAUGGCGGAGAGAAACACAUGACACCUGUCGCUCCGUUAGUACAUGAACUCGACCUUGGCGGCAAUGCUCUUCCCACCUUGCCUCUCGAUGAUCUCCUUCGAGUGUUCCCCUCGAUUCGUCGUUUGAGCCUCAGUGACAAUGGACUAAAGAAUCUAACGUGUCGCACUGCAUCCAUGCGUGGGGUCUCGGACGCGCAAACUCAUUCUUUAGCUCAGGCAUCUCACCUUUUAUACCUUGAUGUCUCUAUGAAUGAGCUGAAAAACGUAGAGGCCAUUGGAAAACUUUUUGCUUAUCAAUUACGCUCACUUGUAUUGUAUUCGAACCAUAUCGACUCUUUGUUGCCGUUGGCCCCAUGUACUCAUUUAGAGACCCUUGAAGCGAGCCGUAACAGAAUUUCUUCGCUCUCUGAACUGCAGUCUUUUGCCCUCCUACAGACUCUUGACCUGAGUGAGAACUGCCUCGUAACGUGGGAUGCUCUCACCCAACAUGUACUGCUACAGAAUUUGUAUCUGUCACGAAAUCAUAUUGGUCUGCUUCCAAAAAAUUUGUCCCUCAGCUUCCUGCGUCAACUUUUCAUGAAUGAGAAUCAACUAGAGACGCUUCCCAGUGAGUGUUUUCGCUGGCUUCCUUUUCUGUCGGUGUUGCAUCUUGAGAACAACAAGUUGCGUGAUGUAUCCGGCCUGGCGCACUGUCCCCGUCUUACGACUGUGGGGCUUUCAUUUAACCAGUUGCAACAAGUGGAAGAUCUCUCACCGCUCGCCGCGUGCAAAAAGCUACAAAUUUUGUAUGUUAGUGAGAAUCCGUUUACCUCUGAGAAGGAUGACAACAGCAGUGAGGCACUAGCAAAGGUAAGGUUAACGCUUAUCGCCUGGUUUCCCCAACUUUCAGAGCUCAAUAAUGAAGAGGUGUCUGAAGAAGAUCAUAAAAUUGCUUUGAGUGUCGAAACCAUGUGGAUUACACCGUUUAGCAUGGCCCGUUGUUUGCGGCGCCAAGUUCACGAAAGUGCUCUUUGUGAUGCCUGGCAUUGGCCUUGUGGAUCAACUGUUGAAGACGUACAGCAAACGUGUGGUACUAUGGAAUUCUACUCGCAAUACAUGGAUUCGAAAGGGGUGUAUGCCGCGAUGUUUGCAGCUCUCACAAGUGAUCUGGCCCUGACAACUCUCCAAAGGGAGCAAGAGGUUCUUGCCACUGUUCGCCGGCGUCGCCAUCAUGAUGCGUUGCAUGUGGAGGAAGCGUUGGAACGACGAAUGCGUGAGUCAAAGCGGCGUCUUAACCCUGCCGUGCAUCGUCUCUCCGACGAGAUUGAUGAACGAAAUCGACGUGAAGCAAAGACCACCCUGCGGCAACACCUUAAAUAUCUACAGACAAUGCCGAAUAUAGUGGCCAAUGCGCACGUACGCUCUAUCCUCUACCAUGAGCGGAUGCAAGCACACCAAGAAGCUAAAGCAAAAGUUGUCAUUUGUGAAUGGGCGCGCCUUCGACUGCUUGGUAGACAGGCCAAGAGAGAACUUGCGGCAUUAAAGGCAGCCUAUGCGGAAUCACAGCGACGACGAUACGAGGCUGCUGCACGUGUCAUUCAGCCAGUGUGGCGGGGGGCGGCGCUUCGAUCGCGUUUUAAACGAAUAUUACACGACGAUGCCGAUGAUGAGGAAGAAUUCACUCAUGUUUCUCUGGACUUUGUAGAUGACUCAAAGGCAACAGACGGGGAAGAUAGUGUUGGGGCUGUGCUGCAGCGAGUGCUACAGUCUCAUGGGGCUUUACCGAACUUUCCUAUUCAAUCAUCAUCUCUCAGAGUGCCUAAUGUUGAAGGUGUUUUGGAUGGCUACGUGCCGCCUCGUGCCAGCUCCGCAGUGCCAAAUGGAAUGGUUCCGCUCACUGAAAAUGACAGGCGACGCCCGGAAAGCCAGCCGCAGGGUGGGACGACGUUGUUGUCUCAGCAACGAGUACAGCCACAAAGGGGGGAAGGGGUGGAAGAGUCACAAGGGCCCUCAUCACUGUCGAGUCCAGUGCGUGUGGAUGAGGGGUGGGGAGCGCUGGUGAGUUCACAGAUAUCGAAGAGGCAGAAGAAGAUGGAACGCGUUCAGCGUGAGCAUUUGCGUCGUGAGUUCAUGAAAGAUCCUCUUAAGGUGAAACGGGCACUUGGGGGUGGAUAA